AUGGCCAUGAUGCAAUUCUGCCUAUGGAUAGCUGUUCAGUCCCUCAGAAUUGCUCAUCAACACGAUCUGGUUGGAGAAAACUACUCUCAAGCCAUGCUGCUAGAACUGGAAGGAUUGGAUGCAAGCAGAAUUGACACCCUCAAUAAACUCCUGGCAGGAAAGCAAGCUGUGUCAAGAGCCUACAACAAAAGAGUCAAGAACAAGAGUUUUGAAGAAGGAGAGAUAGUCUAG